AUGCGUUUCUCUAUCAUCGCGAUAGCGACCCUCCUCUCUGCGGCCAAUGCCCAGAUUGAUGCGAACCCUAACCCCCGUGCUAUUGAAGCUGCUCAUAACUACCCUCGUCAGGUUGUGACUUCUUCAAGUGCCCGGCCCGCAUCGACAACUGUUGUCACUGGUACCACUCUUCGCACAUCGUCAUCAUCAGCGGCGGUGAACUCCUCCAGCAGAGCGCCAACCACUUCUAGCAGAGCUGCGACCACGAGGGCUGCAGGUUCAAGUAGUGCGCGUGCGAACGGCUCCAGUGCUGCUUCCUCCUCUGCCAGGGCUAGUAAUACGACCUCGUCUGCUGUUGCAACUGCUACCAAGUCAGGUGCCGGCUCAAGCACGGUCAACAACCUGGUGCUUGGUCUGCCUCUCGUGCUUCUCGCAGCCGUCGCAUUAUAA